AUGCGCAGUAAGUUAUUCGAGCUUUUCGAUACCGAUAACAACGGGUUGUUUGAUUUCGCGGAGUAUUUAUUCUUUAUGACGCUGUUGAAGACGGAUCGGAAGCAAGCGACGUCGACGUUUCACAGGUACGACGUCGAUGGCUCCGGUGCUUUAGACGUUGAAGAGUUCACGGCGAUGAUGAAGGAUAUGCGCACGCAAGUCAAGCACGCAACUGGUAUGCGUACGGGCUUGGACACGGGGGUCGCCAGAGUGGACGAAGUCGGCGAAGGCUUGUUGGAUUAUUUGUUUGGCCCGAAGCGCAACAAGAGAUUAAAGUUGAAGCACUUUCACUCGUUUCUUCAAACUCUUCGCUGGGAAAUGGAUGACCUAGAAUUCAAGCAUUACGACUAUCACAACGUGGGCUCCAUUACCCCGCGAGACUUUGGAUACGCCCUCGUCGCGGGCUCGAAGGUGGACCACCUCGCGACGUUUUUGCAAAAAGUCAAGGAACUUCCGGGGCGCGAGGCUAAGAAUCGAGUCAGCCGCGCGGAGUUCCUAGCCUUUGCUCGCAUUGCAAAACACGGUGAUGGGGCGUUCCAGGCCGAGAUGAAGGAAAUCUCCGAUUCCGGCGCGCCCAUCACCAGAGAAAAGUUUAGAAAAAUCGCCAAGCGCACCGCCGGCGUCAACCUCAGUCGCGAAGUCGCCAAAAUCGUCUUCGACAUUUUUGACGUCGAUGGCGAUGACUCGUUAUCUUACGAUGAGUUCUUCAACGCGAUCAUCACUUGGAAGUAG